AUGGUCCGUGAAUUGAAGCAUCACGAGAAGAAACUUCUUCGGAAGGUCGACUUCCACACCUACAAGUCCGAUGGAAACCACCGGGAGCACCAGAUCCGCCAAAGAUACCUCCUCCAAGAUCCUAUGGACUACAAGAAAUACAAUGCCCUCUGUGGAUCCAUGCGCUCGCUCGCCCACAGACUCUCACAACUGGACCCUGAGUCCGACCCCGUGCGCAAGAAGCUGGAGUCCGAACUGCUGGAAAAGUUAUGGCGAAUGGGAAUUCUGAAGCAGUCCCGUGAACAGGGUGCGGCAUUGUCUCGUGUGGAGCGCGAGGUUACCGUUUCGGCAUUUUGCCGGCGGCGUCUGGCUGUCCUGAUGGUUCGAUCGGGAAUGGUUGAGACUAUCAAGGCUGCCACAACUUUCAUUGAGCAAGGCCAAGUCCGUGUUGGAACCGAGGUUGUCUCUGAUCCUGCGUACAUGGUUACCCGCAAUAUGGAGGACUUCGUCACAUGGGUUGAUUCUAGUAAGAUCAAGCGGAACAUUAUGCGGUACCGUUCGAAGUUGGAUGACUAUGAUCUUCUGUGA